AUGGACGCGGCCGAGGCCGCCCGCUCGGGCGGUCGCAUGGGCGGCAGCCGCAUGGGCUCCGCGCCACGCGCCGCGCCCAGGCCCAACAGCACUGCCAGCUCCGCCCGCAUCGGUGGUGGUCCCAACAUCUCCGUGGGCAUCGGAGGACCUGUGAUUUCGCCCUUCGGCUUUGGCUCCCCCUUCGGCUUCGGCUCCCCCUUCGGCUUCGGCUUGGGCGUGCCGGUGCCCUUGGGGCCAGUGGGGCCCUCCGCCAGCGACCAGAUGCUGCAGAACCAGCAAGUGCAGGAGAUGACGAGGGGAGAACCGGUAGUGGCUCUGGGAGGAAGGUUGGGGUUGUUGAUGGAUGGUGUCAGUGCGUUGUUGUUAAGAAUUGAGUUGUUGCUUUGGGAGCUUGACAGUGGCCAAAACUUGUUCAAGAGCAGUAGCUUUUUGGAAAGGUGGGGAUUGAUGGGCGUAGAGUUUCUGGAACCUUCCCCAAGAUGA